CCUCUUGGCGGAUUGAUUUACACCCCAUUGACGCUUUAUCAGGCUCGCGAAAAAAGUCUGACCAAUCACUUCGCUCGGAGCGCACACCAUAGCAGCCCGGCUCUACUUUGUUGGCGAGCGAGUAGAGAGGAGUACCGUAAAGAGGAGAGUAAAGCACAUUUCUAUUGUACAUGUUUUCCCUUUAAUGAACAGUACGUUAUAUAAUGUCCGAGAAUGUCAAUUUCUGGAACUCUAAGCAACUACUAUGUCGAUUCUAUCAUAAGUCAUGAGGGAGAAGAUCCGAACGCGUCCCGCUUCUCCAAUGUACAGUACUCCAGCGCUAGACAACCGGGACCCGGCGAGCAUCCCGAGUUCCCCUCUUGUAGCUUCCAGCCCAAGCCUCCAGUGUUCAGUUCGUCAUGGAGUCCAUUCAGUUCCCACGCGUCCAAUGGCUUACCCGCGGUCUACCAUCCGUACAUACCGACGCAGCCAGUGCCUUCAACGGAUACUCGAUACCUCCGCACAUGGCUCGACUGUGCUCCGAGAGCAGAGCCUCUGCCUGGGCAAGGACAGGUCAAGAUGGAGCCGCUCCUGGGACAUCUCGGGGAACCACCGAAACUAGUUGGGCAGCAUGAGUAUAUCUUGGAGUCCUCUACAGCACGAGAGAUGAAUUCUAGUCACAGCGCCGGGUUUGAAGACAAUAAGGACAUAUGCGAAGGCAGCGAGGACAAAGAGGGACCGGAUCAAAACGACCCAUCUGCAAACUGGUUACACGCUCGAUCAUCCCGGAAGAAGCGAUGUCCAUACACGAAAUAUCAGACCUUGGAGCUGGAAAAGGAAUUUCUAUUCAAUAUGUACCUCACCCGAGACCGGAGACACGAGGUAGCUCGCCUGCUGAACUUGACAGAGCGACAAGUAAAAAUAUGGUUCCAAAACAGAAGGAUGAAAAUGAAGAAAAUGAAUAAGGACCAUCCCAAAGAAUAAUAACGCAGACUGGUGCCAGGCGUUCAAGCAUUUUACAAAGAGUCUUUUAAAUCUGGAAGCUGAUGCAAGAAGGUUUUACUGCAUCAAAAUGAAAACGCACACACGCACUCACAAACCAUUUCCCGCAUGACUGGACAGUGUUAAGCAUAUAAGGAAGAGAUGAGAUGAUGCAGAGGAGGGGGAAAACGUCUUGCCAUCUCUCCCUUCUUUUAUUGCAUUUUAUGACUUGUGCGUAAGAAACACUUCAUCAGGAAAUGAACAGGUGAUAAGGAACUGUUUCAACAGGCUAAUAACAGCUGAAAAUUGUUCUUUUUAUAAAGCUGUUCUCUAUAAUACUGCAUUUUUCAUUAUUCCUUUUGUCAUAGACGCGUGCUGACAUAAAAUGUAUUUAAGAAAACAUUCAAUAUACAAGGGAAGAUUGGCUUAUCUGCAAAGCAUGUUCACGUGUUUGCUGAAGACGUGAGCUCUCUUUCACAAAAUUAUUAUUAUUAUUAUUAUUAUUAUUAUUAUUAUAAGAGCGAAAUAAAACAGCAUUUAGGUCAUAGUGUCUAUACCAUUUGUGAACCGUUUAUUGAAGUGUGCUAUGCUAACGGUUUUCAAAAACCUUUUGAAAUUUACGAUAUUAUAAAAUAGCUCCUUUUGACAUUUACUUGUGCACAGAGAUUUGUGGUAGACGCGCACUUAUAAAGUGUCUUGGUUAAUUCGAAUGUAUUAAUAAUAGUAAUAAUAUUUUCUAUAUUUGCUUUCAGAUCUUUUCUUUAGGCUAUAGCUUCUAUUAUAGUUUCGUUCAAAUAGUAUUUGUAUCAUUUGGGGUCAAAAUCAAGAAUCAAACUGAAGUAAUUAAACACGAAUGAAAUUAGUUCUUUCUUUCUUUCUUUCUUUCUUUCUUUCUUUCUUUCUUUCUUUCUUUCUUUCUUUCUUUCUUUCUUUCUUUCUUUCUUUCUUUCUUUCUUUCUUUCUUUCUUUCUUUCUUUCUUUCUUUCUUUCUUUCUUAUUUUUUCCCCCUUCAAAUAUCCCAAAUAAUUCUUUUGAAAAUUAGAGUUCAGUUUCUGAGUGUAUGUAUUUGUAGCGUGUCAGUAACCAUAGAAGUAAUUCGUGCUUAAAUGUAUUACAUCCUUUAAUACAGAUUUGGUCGCAGUUGUUUACAUAAAUUUGCGCAUGCCUCAUAUUGUGUAGUUUUCUUAUGUACGUGUUAUUGGAAAAGCUAGUAUUAAUUCGAAGCUGUUUUAUGUAGGGUCUAAGGAUUGUUGUUUUAAUUUAUUGUAAAUACGUUAAUAGUUUUUUUUUCUUUUAAAUGGAAUGUUUCAUAUGUUGUAAAAAGAAUUUAAAAAAUAAUUCAUACUUGAAUGAGCUGAUACAAGUAACCUUUUAUUUUUUCCUAUUUUGUUUACACGUUCCAUGCAUAUGUCCAGAAUCAUGUCCGUUGUCCAUUGUCAGUGAUGUUUUUUUUUCUCUGUAUUUGCUCGUAUCUUCAUAUGGCUUUGUUGGUUUAGAGGUUUGUUUUAUGUUUAUUGUGAUUUGACUUAACAGAAAUUGAGCGCGGCUAUCUUCAUACAUCAAUUAGCUACUUCUUAGAUUGUUAGAUACAACAGUUUCUCACUUUCUUUAACGCAUGUCUAUUCAAGAAGACACAAACACACACACACACACACACACACACACACACACACACACACACACACACACACACACACACACACACACACACACACACACUUUUUGUGAUAGUUUCUAACACACUUGUUUCAUGGCUUCUGUACAUUUAUUAAAAUACAAAUAAUUAGGCAUCACCGGACCUUAACCCGUAACGUAAGAUCUAAAUUGUAUUUGUACACGACUGUUCUCUCUCCUUUUGUGUUAUUGUUUUGUGUUGUUAAUCUCUGCUAUUGCACUGUUGAUGCUGGACUCAUUAAAAGUUUACACAUAGACCA